UCUGGCCGCGUUGAUCUCACACGGCGCCAAGCGGCAGAACGGAGUGUGUGAUUCAGUGAGUGGAUUUGUGAAUCGCUCCGGAGCGCGCUCAGACCACACCAGAGGACGGACAGAGCAAAGUGGGGAAACGGAGGGAGGCGCAUGUGAAGAGCGGAAAGGGGCGCACAGAUACGGAGGUUCCUCCACCGAGCGCGCAGGCGGCAGCGCGGUGAAGGAUGCUGUCAAGCCGCUCAGUGGCUGUGGAGCGCCGGGGAAUGCACGCCGCGCCGCUCCUGGAUCACUUUUUAUGAAUUGACGCUGUUAUUGGAGAAUUAUCUUUGUGGACUUCCAAGUAAAACUGGACUUUUGGUGUUUAAAUCUGCAGAAACAAUAUAUAUUUUUUCUCAUUUCUUUUCUUUUAUUUCUUUUUUUGUUUUUUGGUAAGGACACCGGUGCGCAGAAAUUUGUCCAAGAGAGACGCGCACACCACAGAGCGCAGACUUUUUUUUGUUGCUAUUUCCAGCAUGGGACUUUAUUCUUAAAAAGUGUUCUCGGACAUUUUAUACGGGGCUGGGAGAAAGAAUUAAAGGAGAAAACUGUCAGAUCUGCGCUCAUCUCCUUGAAUCUUGUGCGCUCUUCUAUUUUCCACCCAGCGCUGUUUCUGUUUGUCCCAAAGAAUUGUGCUCCAAGAACAAUAACUUUUGAAAGACGUAACUUUUAAUUAAGAUUUUUUUUUAUAUAUCACUAAGAACUGAAAGGAAAAGCUGACAUUUCUACCUAUUAACGCUUGGAAACAUAAACAUUUGCCGCGCGCAUUUGGACACUAUCCCUCUCUGCUCCGCGUCCUUGGAGAAGUAAAAAAAAAAAUCCUUUUUUAUUCCUAGAAAUGAGAGCUUAUUCGACGGAAAAAUACAGAGUCUGCCGAUGUCUGGCAAACUGGCCGUCAUGUGGGAUUGAUUGCUGGGGAGUAUGUUUGGGCUGGAGCAGUUUGGUUCUCAAAUUAAUAUCAGAAACCCUGGCCAGUCAGAAAGAAACAUAAACCAACAGAGACUGAAUAUGGGCUCACAUUAUAAAAGCCCAAACUUUCAUGCUGGAGGCCCACCUGGGGCAGUGGAGUCCGGCAUGGGCCCCAUGAACGAGUCUCAAAUGCUGGGGCUCAAUAUGAACAUGAACGGUGAGCCCUAUGGUGGAUUUCACCCCCGGGGACACCCAGAUAUGCACACAGGGGGCGGAAUCCAACAGCAGCAAGGACCCAUGCAUGGAUUUUUUAACAACCAGCAACCUCAUCAAGGACACUCGCAUGCCCAUCAACCUCACCCCCAUCAACAUCAUCCUCAUUUCAGUGGGAAUUUUGGAGGUCCGGAUCCAGGGUCUUCAUGCCUACAUGGAGGAAGGCUUAUGGGCUACAACGGCAAUGGCAUGGGAUCGCAGCAGGGCUUUGGAGAGAGUUUUGAUCCUCUUGCUGAGGGACAGGCGGGAGAAGGCUUUCCCCAGCAACAGCCGCAGCAGCAGAGGCCCGCCAACAUACCUGAAUUUCAACAUCACGGCCCUCCCAGCAGCAACCAUCCUGUCCCUGCUCCCUGUCUUCCCCUGGACCAGUCACCUAACAGAGCAGCAUCCUUUCAUGGUCUUCCAUCUUCUUCAUCUACAUCAUCUGAGCCUCACACUAUGGAGCCCCGAAGGAUGCCCAACCAAGCAACCGUGGAGGGACUAGAGUACAACUUCCCAAGUGAACCUCCAGCUGGACAUUUUGAUGUUCCUGUGUUUUCCCCGUCAGAGUCAGAAUCUCAGCUACCACAUUUUGGGCCAGGCAGGCCUGUUCCCAGUGGAAAUUUCCCAGGGAACACUGGCAUGCCUCGGGCACCGGGUAUGCAGGGCAUUUCUAAGGGACACCAGCCGCCACAGCCCCAGCAACCUCAGCAUGGAGUGUAUUUUGAGCGAUUUGGAAAUGCCCGGAAGAUGCCUGUGGGAAUGGAGCCGGGGGUCAAUGGACGACAUCCCCUCAUGCAACCACAACAACAGCCUGGCUUAAUAGCUAGACAGAACUCGUGCCCCCCUGGCCUCCCCCGCCCCCCUCAGACUGAACCUGGCAAUACUAACCCCAACAUUCUGGACGGAGGGGUCAUGAUGCCUGGCCAACAUAACCAGUUUGAAUAUCCCAUUCACAGACUGGAAAAUAGAGGUUUGCACCCCUAUGGGGACCCCAUGUUUAAUAUGCAACAGCCACCUCCUCCUCCUCCUCCCUCCCAGCAGCCUCCAAAUCAAAGACUGCAACACUUUGACUCUCCUUACAUGAACAUGGCAAAAAGACCCAGAUUUGAUUUUCCUAAUGCACAUGGCGGCGAAGGUUGGUGUGCCAGUAUAGAUAACCACCUAUCGCCCUCAGCUUACCCUGGCCUGCCAGGAGAAUUCACCCCACCUGUGAAUGAAGGUUUUGCACCGGGUCCCCUGCAGCAUCCGGGGCCUGAGCCCCAGUCUCUGCAGCAACGCCAGAAUGCAGCCAUGAUGAUAAAACAGAUGGCCUCUCGUAACCAGCAGCAGAGGAUGAGGCAACCGAGUCUUCAGCAGCUAGGUCACCAUGGGGACGUCCCUCCUGUCCCGAUGGCUCAUGGAGGUCCAGUUGGGAACAUGCCACAGCCCAAUUUUGACAGAGAGAACAGUGGCAGAAUGCCCAACAUCGAUGGACAAAAUCCUCAUGUAACUCAGGAGAACUCUUGGUUUCAGGGUUCCCACCCACCAGGAGAGAUCAUGUCCAGGCGUAUGGGUGGUGCAGGUAAUGAUUCUGGGCCAACCGAUAUGGGGAUGCAACAGAAUGGGGCUGGGAUGAUUUUCAGGCCAGGUAUGGGUAUGCAGGAGCCCAUGAGAAUACCAGGAGACGGACAUGUGCAGACACUUCAUUCUCCAGGCAUGCACUCACAGUUUAGUGGAAACAUGGGUAACCUCUCACAAAUGCAGUCUCCAGGAGCUGGAGGAGGACAUCCAAAUGCACCAGCAGAAAGGCGACCAGCUGAUUUCCCUCCACCUCCAAUGGGAGCACAACCAACCUUUCCCUAUGGGGGUGCUAACCGCCAGGGGCCUCCUCACAAUGCUCCCCAGGGGGUUAACACCUCACCAGGGAGCUAUCCUCCACAGUCUGAGUUUCCCUCAGGCCAGCGGUCGUCUGUUAGUAAGCUAGGAGCUCUGUCUCUCGGGAAUUUCAGCAAAACCAGCUCUAAAGACAGCGUGUUCGGUCAGAGCUGUUUAGCGGCCCUGUCUACAGCCUGCCAAAACAUGAUCGCUAGCCUAGGGGCCCCCAAUCUUAAUGUAACAUUCAACAAAAAGAACCAAAAUGAGAGCAAGCGAAAACUAAGUCAGACAGAGCAGGACAUUAAUAGCAGCACGUCUAAUGGGACUGGAAGUGCUGGUCCUGAAUAUUUUCAAAGCAGUACUUCCCAGAACAACCAGAUGCCUAGCACCGGGAAUAGCAACUCUAAGCCUGUAAGUCAAAGCCAGACGGUGCAGGGGGAAGCCAGUGCCCUCUCCCCAAACUACAACAUGGACGCUACCCCGUGCAGUGAGGGGAAGGCAACAACAGGGAGUGGGAGAGGGAGAGGGAGGAGAAAAAGAGACAGUGGACAUGUGAGCCCUGGAAUUUUUUUUUCCUCCGAUAAUGGUAACCCUGUUGUUAGUCCAGGCCAGCAGACCCCCUCGGCUGGCACUGGGGAGAGGGGUGGGGGCACACCUAAUGAAAAACACCUUCACUCCCCAUCUUGGGGGAAAGGAGGUGACCUAAUAUUGGGGGACCAUGCUGACCUUAUGUCUUCUUUAGACAGUGGCAUUCAAAGUGUUGCUGCCAAGUCUGACAGCAGCUCACCAAGAGUGGACUUCCCUGACGAUGUCAGCACCCACUAUGGCAACGAGGACGAGGUGUCAUCCAGCUCAGAUGCAGGAGGGGCUUCUGCGAAUAAGCCCAAUCGCAGCCCUAUGAUCACAGGCUCACCCAAAAUGCAGCGGAGCGAUCACAGUUUAUUAAAUGGACAAAAGCCCCUUGGCACGGGCAUAAACAAUCAUACUACCUCAGCACCAGACAGUUAUGGACUGAACUCUGGUGUGAGCACAGGGGCCAGCGGGGUGAGCCACCCUGGCACUCCUGGGGUGGAGCAGGUACGCACUCCAUCCAGCACCUCGGGCCAGGAAGAAAUCCACCCUCUGGAGAUACUCCAGGCCCAGAUCCAGCUGCAGCGGCAACAGUUCAGUAUCUCAGAGGACCAGCCCUUGGCUAUAAAGAAUGGCAAAAAGAGCAGUGACUGUCCCUCGCAGAACGGAGACAAUGAGCUGCCAGGCUGCAGUCCGGAUGCGGGAAAGAGCUCAAUGGGCACUAUUGACCUUGACGCCCUCAUGGCAGAGCAGCACGCCACCUGGUACGUGCCCAGUGACAAGGCCAUGAUUGAUGGGUCAGAGGAUGACAAGGCCAUGGGACCCUGGGAAAAAAAUAAAAGCCAAAACAACAGUAAAGAAGAAUCCGACCUCUCCCAGAGUAAGACUGGUGCUGCACCCCCAGGAGCCGCAGGAGGAGGAGGUGGUGGGAGCAGCGGCGGGAACCACCUGCAGUGCCUGUCCGUCCACUGUACAGACGAGCUGGGGGACAGCAAGGGCCGAGGGGGACCAGUCUCCUCUUGGCGCUCCAUUCACUCUGACAUCUCAAACCGAUUUGGGACGUUUGUGGCAGCUCUAACUUGAGCAAAAAAAAAAAAACUUGGAAAAGGAAGGAUUCAAAACCAGAAAAACAGAACAAAAAAAUAACUGAAGGAGAACCUCAGAGACAAAAAAAUGAAUAAAUAAAUAAUGAUGAUGAUGAUGACAAUAUGUCUACGAGACAGCUGUGUGCGGCUCUUGCCUGUUCAGGGAGAGAGACAUUUGCGCUUAUAAACGCAAAACCACGAACGCGAGUUACAUGAACACUCACACACAGAAACAAUUGCCAUGUUUUUUUCCCCCCUCUUUUUAUUUUUCUUUUAGACACAUGCAGUCACAAGUUAAAAUUUUGCUGGACAAUAAAACGUGGGUCUGACUUGCUGCUUCCCACAUCUGGAAAACCUCAAAUCCACUUUUUUCUUUCCCUUUUGAUUUCAUUGUUGAAGAACAAUAAAGAUAUGUUAAAGGAGGAGAAGAGAAAAGCAGGAGAAACAGAGGAACAGAUGUCAGUUGUCAUUGGCUUUGAUUGUAUACCAGUGUUUAAGUAUUGGUGAUGUGAAAUCGGCUUCAUCGCUUUUUACUCUGUUGCUAUUGCAGCCUACUGCUCUUACCUCGGUUAUGGCUACACCUUUAAAGUUGACCUUGGGGAUGGAUGUUUGACCAAUGGUGGGCUAAAUUUUCUCUAAAGAUGCCUGCUGGUUCAUUAGACAAAGCCAGAAGAAAAGGACCCAGAAGAAGGCUAGAGGAGGGGCAGUUAUGCAUGAAUGUACCUCAGCAUUUUUAAUCUUUUUUUUUUUUUUUUUGUGAACUCUUCUAUUUGUUAAAGAAGUUUUGAAUUCUUAUCAUUUGCUGCUCAGUCAUUGAAUUCGUAUUUCUCUGUUGGUUAAUUUGCUGAAAAGGUUUUUUUUUCCUCUCUCUGUCUCUCUCUUCUCCGCUGUACAUGUGAGCUCAACCACUUGUAUCCAUUUCAGCCAAUGGGAACUAAAAACAACAAAGAAGGUCGAGGGGUUUGUUUGAUAAGGGAAAAUGAAAAAAAAAAAAAAAGAUUAUUGGUAUUGCACAUGUAUAAUAAGAGAACAUUUUGCUGUGUGUUAGGCAAUCUUGUAACCUUUAAUGCUUCUGUUGAAUUUGAAUUUCUUGAACAAUAGAUGGAGGACUGUGACGGCAAUUUACAAACAGGUUUUUUUGUUAUUGUUUUCCUUUUUUUAAUAAUAUGUAAAGUGCAGUCGUCUGUUUUCCUGCAUAUUGUAUAUAUCUGUAUAUGUUUUAUUGAGUAACUAAAUAACAAUAAAUAUGAUGUUAAAGGUGGAA